AUGGAUUCCGUUCACAAUACCACAAUUACUUCCUACAUAAAGGAAAUUGAAGGUUAUCUCAACAAUAAACGAAUACUGUACGAAGCAGAAGGCAGGAGAGAAUUUGUUCCAUUAAUAGAUCGAACUGUACAAAUGAUUAGAUUAAUUAAAGAUCCUGGAACAACUGAAGGUCAUUCUAAUGUCACAGAACAAAGCAACAAUCGUUCAUCAACACAAUGCAAUUUUGAGCGGCCACCUGAAAAAAUGUAUCAUUAUGCUGAAGGUGAAGCAAUUGAUUGUGCUAUAUGUAUUGAACAAGUUGAACCGAAACAUGCUCAAGUUCGAUUAUCGUGUGGACAUAUAUACCACCUAAAUUGCCUAGGUUCCCAUUUUAAUCAUUCAGGUGAUUUUAAAUGUCCUUACUGUCGGUUAGAAGUUGAAAGUUAUGCAAAGCAACCACGAACUUGGGAAUAUCCACCAAAUGGUCCUCCAACUCCGCAAAAUAUAAAUGAUCAUAAUGAUAUCCCACACCCAGGAGAAUUGGAUUUUGCAAAUUUCCAACGAGGCGUACUGCAAGUUGUAAAUUCAAUCUUUGGUGGAAGAUUGAACCUUGGUCAUCCCUUUCGAGAUGAUAACGGUGCUGAAGAUGAUUAUUUGGAUGACGAAGAUGAUGCUACUGAUUUCUCGGAUUCUGAUCGUAUCGUGUAUGAAAUUGCUAACGUUGGUGACCCUUACAAUAACUCUGAGACUGAUACUGAUGAAGAUUCAAAUUCUUCUGAUGAAGAUUAUGGUCAAAAUGAACCUAUAAGUAAUGAUGAUAGGCUUCGUUCACAUUUCAGUAGUGAUUCUAGUGAACAUUCUUCAUCAGGGAGACGUGCUCGUCUUGUAAUGCAUGCAAGCAACAGUAGGAUUGAUAAUGAACAUGAUGAUCUAGGAAAUAGAUCAUCACACGAACGUAAUGUACAAGGAAGGCGCUCAAGGUCUCCAUCAAUAUCACAUCAACGAUCACAUCCUAUUAAUUCUACUAGAAUUAACUAUACAUAUUAUUCUGAUAGAGAUUGCGAUGAUAUGUACUCUCGAAAUAACAAUAAUCUUAAUUCGACCAAAGAUAAUGAAAUUAGAGAAUCAUCAAAUAGGAUUAACCGAAGUCGUCCUAUUAAUUUUUUAAAUGAAUUACAAAUAACGGAUUCUACUGAUUCUUCUAGAUACCGAAAUGAUACUGAUUCCCAUAAUCCAAAAUCAAUCAUCAAUAACUUUUCCAGAUAUCCUGAUGAUAAUAUAUGUGAUGAAACACCACGAAAUUAUGAACAAUUCAAUCAUAGUUCUCUGGAUUCUUCAUCUAAUAUUAGAAAUGAUGAGACAUUUUAUAAUAAUUCAAAUAAUCGACUCGGUUUUGGCAAUUCCCUUCCUCAAACCAUCUUCAAUGCUCCACAACACUCUACACAACAACAUUCUACAUUAUCAAGCCGAACUCAUUAUGCCUCUCAAUCUGAUUCUGAAAGUGAAUUCACAAAUACUUUAUACCGACAUAAAUCGUCCUCAUUUAGGUUAAGAAACAUGUAUCAAGAAGAUUCUACUACUGCUGAAGAAAUAAUGGAUGAUACUGGUUCAAAUACUGAAGAUGAAGAUUAUCGAAGGUAUUCUUCUCGUCGAUCCUCUUCAUCUUCAUGUUUACCUACAUUUUCUUCAUCUGAUGAAGGUUACGAGGAGGAUAAUAUCUCAACAACAAGUUUAUCUUCUCCAAUCAGACAUGAAACAAAUCAACUAUGGUAUAAACCAUGGUCUUGGUACAAUAAUAACCAUUUACCAGGUACAGCAUCUAGUACAGCUUCAGCUGUUGCUGAUGUAGAUAGUGAUGCUACAAUUAGCAGUGGUGAUGAACGCGGUCAUUAA